CUCGCUUUCCCUCUUGGUUCUAUGCCGCGCUAUCUGGGGCGAAAAGGGGCGCCCGUGGAGCGAAAGACCGCGUGGGGGGGGGAGCAAAGGAGCCCCCGCCGGCUAGAAGAGCCGUGACGGCGGGGCGACAACUAGAAACACCGGCGGGAAGCGCAGCCAGUCGGAGAUCUUGGCUGCGUGACGUCACCGCCCAGGCUGGCUAUAGGCUGAGAGCCCACUUUUUGCGAGAAGCGGCGGCGGCGGCUUUGCCCGUUUCAUUCAGCGCUUUCCGCAGCCCGUUGUCGGGGGGCAUCCUUGCCACCUUCCUUCCCUCGCCCUCCCUCCCGUUCCGCAGACACCAAGGAGCAGCAAAGAAAAAUGAGGGAGGUGUGAAGGGCUGGGCAAGGCAUUCCGUCCCUAGCGUAAGGUGACAAGCAUCUCAGUGGAGACAUCUGCAGGAGACGUCUUUUAGGGGGAAGGAAACCAAACGAAACGACCCUCCUCAAUGAGUGCGGAGCUGUCCAAAGGGUCCAGCCUCUCCCUGCCCCCCUGCCUUUUGAAUAGGACAUCUGGCUCUUCCAAUGCCAGUAGCACCUGCAUCACGCAAAUGGGGCAGUUCUUCCAGUCCUUCUCGUCCACUUUUGUCUUGAUUGUCUUGGUCGCCCUCAUCUGCUGCCUGAUUCUUCUUUCCCUGAUCACUUUCCACAUCCACAAGAGGAAGAUGAAGAAGCGGAAAAUGCAGAAGGCGCAAGAAGAAUAUGAACGGGACCACUGCAGCAGCACCAGCACCCAGGCAGGGGAUUCGUGUGAAAUACCCCAAGGAAAAGAAUCAUCCAGUCCAGGGAAAAUCACCCAGGAUUGUAGCAUCCCCUCUCCUUCUGCUCCAGAAGCGCAGAAUCCCCAUCCCGAAAGAUCGGGUUUGGAAACAGAUAUUCCCGGGCUCUUGCAAACAGUGGUAUUGUCUUGAUUUGAUUGACUUCUGUUUGUGGGGACCUCACCAAAAGACUUUUUUUUUUUUUGGUGUUUGUAUAUAUUUCAGUGGCUAUUAUUAUAAUCUUGAAGAUAAUGAUGAUUAUUGCUAAUAUAUAUGAAAGAACUAACCGACCUGUCAGUAUUCAAACGCAUGUCAAAUUAAAUUGCGUUCUUCAUUUACUUUUUUUUUUGUACUUGCAAACAGAAAGAUGCAUCUUUUUUUUCCCAAGCAGAGAAGACAAGGGAAAACUGCUCAGUGCUACCAAAUAUAAAACAAUCUUCCCUGAAAUCAGUGGUUCAGGCUUUACUAUUGGGAUGUACAUACAUAAAUGUUUCUGGUUAUAUAUUAUAGCACAUUUACAUUUCAUUCUUUUGGGAUGUGUGGGUUACACAAACAUGUGGUAUUGAAAGGACUGGGUUUAAAUCUACUGACAACUAUGAAAAACUGAGGGAGAGUGUGGCGCGUUUUAUACAAGGGAGGGUCUAUUUCUAAGGGUGCAUUCGAAGCCCCGUCCUGGGACCUGAGAGUGGGGGACUGGUGGUUAGUCCAAUUUGAAACAACCAAGAAUGCAUUAACCUUUUUGUGAAAUCUGUAAUUGUUCUCUCUUCCUCUUCUGCUUUUCCAACUCUUUCACUCUCAAUUUUAGAGAUUAGCUUUUGUUUCCUUUUGUAGGAUCAAUAUCUAAGUUUAAAAAUGAUCUCCACCCUCCAAUGAUUUUCACAAUCCUCUUUUUUGGACAAAAAAAAUGACUUUUUUUCUCUUUCUCUGCAGUAUUACAUACCCUAUGUCUUGCAAACUGUGAAUGCAGAACAGUUCAGCUAUGCUUGUGUAUCUAUAUCGAUGAGAGAAUGGAGUUAUUACUUCAUAGGAAUGUUUUGGGAUGUAUCUGUCUCUUUUUAAGACAUUUCUUUAGUGUAUCAGCCUUUUUCUUAUAUUAAAUCUGGAUCAAGAUACGUUUUCAAUGACUAACAUCGUGAUGUACAGUAAUUUAUUUUACCAUCAGCUGUUGGUACUCUGGGACACCCACCUGAUAAAUCUUGUAAAUUGUCUUCUGCAAUAUGUUCUGGUCCAACCAGACUUGCAUUUUGCCCUGUUGAAAACCAACUUCAGCAUUGAUGUAGUAUUGAGCUGUCUUCUAAUGUCCUGAUUAGAUUAUAUAUUUGUUUUUUCCUAACCUUUAAAUGAACACAAUGCAAUGGCAGCAUACUUCUGUUCCCCUCCCCACAGAUCUCUCUUGUGAAUCUGGACU